ACCCAAGUCAAAAUAAAUUAAAAGUGUAAAUUAGGUCUACCACCUUAUUUCAUUUCCCUCUCCCUCUCCGACGGGACCCUUCUCUCCUCUCCCAUUUCACGGCACCGUUGAGACCGCCGCCUCUCCGUUCCACAUCGUCAAUCACUGGUCUACUGGCGCCGCGCCUCGUUCCAUUUCGACGCCACACAUCGCCCGGUUCUCUCCAUUUCGGCGCCGACUGCCGACCACGGACGACGAGCUCGCCACCAACUGCACUAGUUAAAAAAUCAAACAAUAUAAAUGUUGAAAGGGAGGAAAACUGCUGGUAGGGGAGAGACUGUGGCCGCACACUACGCUUUUGGCCCCCUUGAGGAUGACAUUAUAAUCAAACACAGGCUUCUGACCCGCACAACUACGACAAGAGGUGAACCGCCGUUGAAGAAACUUCAGAAGAAGUUUACAGCCUUCGCAGUAGAGGUAGAAAAAGAUGCUGAUAAUCAUGGCGACUGUGAAAGACUUGCCAAAGCUUUCUUGCAGGAGCUGAACACUUUUGAAAUUCCACUGCUCAAGAGUAAAGCGAUCAUCGAUGCAAAUGUUAGAGAGAAGGAGAACUUUAACGAGUUAAAAAAUGAGAUAAAUCGACAGAUUUUGCUAGCACAGGAUGAUAUAGAAGAUUUGAAGAAACAGCUGGAGGAUAGCAAGAUUGAGAGGCAGCACAAAGAGGAGUGCGAAGCUAUUAGGAAGUUAAUUGCUAUGCAGCCACCAAGAUCAGCAACACAGAAAACCAUAACAGAACUUGAACAGGAGAUUGCAUCCCUGGAAUCAGAAAACACUUCUGGCUCGAGGACACUAGAACUCCGCAAAAAGCAAUUUUCGCUGCUGUUGCAUGUGGUUGAUGAAUUACAAAACACCAUUGAGGAAGAACAAAGGAGUUUAAUGGAGGAAAUGAGAACAUCAAUCGAUGAGCCUAGGGCUGCAUUGGAAGAUGCUACUGGGGGUCCUGAAGCUAUGGCUCUUGACUAAAUGGUACUUAGCAUCAUGCCUGGCAUUUUUUAGCUUAAUGUAAACCGCUAAACCCUUUUUUUGGUAUGCAUCUGUUCAAGGAUGAAUGUUGUGAUUUAUAUGAAAAUACUGUUUAGAUUUCUAA